AUGGAAAGAUUUGUGAAAUGGAAUCUUCCUUCUCAAAAAGGAAUGCUUCAAACUCUUUUGCAUUCACCGACAGAAAACCCACCUCACAUUUCAUCAUACCCACCGACCGAUUUUCCAGUUCUUGACUGGCCAAAACUUCCUCAAACUAGGCCAACAAGUCCACUCCCAUAUGGUCCUCCGAGGUCUCCAACCCAACGCCUUCGUUGCUUCAAAGAUGGUAGCAAU